AUGUCAUCAUCCGAUGAAGUGGUUCGAGUUGUCGCUUGCGUGAUUCGACGCAGCACUUCAAUCGAUCUGGGACUUACCUUUCGACACGAUGUGGUGAAUGGGUGUUUGGUGAUUGAGAGUAUUUCCGGCAAUGGCCUCUUUGCAAACACUGGACUCAAACUAGAUCAGCAAUUGGUCAAAUUCAAUGGUCAUCGCUGCUUCCGCAUCUCCAAAAGUAAAUUGGAAAAGACUGAAGUCUUGCUGAAACAAGCCAAAGGAAUUGUUACCAUUGAAGUGCAAACGCCCAACUUGGUCAUCCCCGCAAAUGCUCGAGAGAUUACCGAACAUCAAGUCUUUACCAUUCAAAAGGCAACGAGAUCAUUUCAAUUGGGACUUGGAUUGGAAAAAGUACAGACACCCAAAGAUAGUCUUCGAAUUGUCAAGGUGUCUCCCACCUUUCAAAAGGUUCUGGGACUGGGUCAGGGCUUGCAAUUGGUUAGUGUCAAUGGAUCUCCCUGUAAUGUCGAUGAUAUUGAGAGUGUUCAUGAACAAAUGAGAGUAGCAUACCCUUUGUUGUCUUUGGGGUGUAUUGCCACUGCCAUUAAUCCAAACUUUUCGGAGGAUGGCGAACCCAAAGCGGCUGCUGGUGCUGACAAGGAGGAAGAAACCAACGAGAGCUUAAGAGUGAUCGCCUGUGUCCUUCGUGCCAAUGUGGAAAUGGAUCUUGGAAUUACCUUUCGUCGGGGAGUCGAAGAUGGUCAUUUGGAAAUCAAUUCCGUCUCCAAAAAUGGAUUUUUUGGUCAAACCGCCCUGAAACCAGGUCUCAGAGUGCUCCGCAUCAAUGGACAUCGCAUCAGCAAAAAACGCAUGAAUCAAGCAGUGGGAUUGCUCCAACAGGCACGUGGUUUGGUCACAGUGGAAGCCUACAAACCAACCAGCGCACCUGUUUCGGGCAAUACAAUUACAGAACGUCAGGUCUUUUGCAUUCAAAAGGCCACCAAGGCCUUUCAAAUCAAUUUGGGCUUGGAGCGGAUUCAGACUCCUGAUGAUACCGUGAGAAUAACAGAAGUCUCGCCAACCUUUCAAAAGGUUUUGGGAUUGCAUCAAGGUUUGCAAGUAACCAAAGUCAAUGGCGAAAAGUGCAAUGCACUCGACAUUGACAGUGUCAAGAAACAAAUCGACGAUGCCUUUCCCAUGCUGGUUCUGGAUUGUACUGCUGCUAUCGUAAUUGAAAAGAAGCCAGAAGAAGAUGAAGAUGAGGACGAAGAGGACGAGGAAAAUGUUCGUGUCGUGGCUUGUAUGGUUCGUCCGCCCAAUGCGGCACUGGGAGUUACCUUUCAUCCCGAUACCGAAAAGGGUUGCUUGGCCAUUGAUUCUGUUGACAAGGGUGGGCUCUUUGCAGGUACUGGGCUUAAGAAGGGGCAAUUUAUUGUGCGAAUAAAUGGAAAGCGGGUCAGUCUAAAGAACUUGGAUCAAGCAACUGGACUGUUGGAAAAGAUUACUGGUCGUGUCACAUUGGAGGCCAUUUCCGUCAAGGACCCCGAAGCUUCUUCCGAACGUCGUUUCUUGUCAAUUCAAAAGGCCUCCAAAACCAUGCAAAUUGAUAUCAAUAUGGGAGCCAUUCAACUGCCCGAAGAAUCAGAGCCAUCUCUGCGCGUUUUGGAGGUGCCUGCCACUUUUCAAAAGCUUCUUGGUUUGUUGCCGGGUCUCAAGCUUUUGAAGAUUAAUGGUACAAGAUGCAACAUGAACGAUAUUCCAAGUGUUCACACGCAAAUGGAUCAAGCCUUCCCCCUCAUGACACUUGAAUGUAUUGCCACCUUUCUUCGGAAGAAGGAUGAUGAGUCGGUUGGUAUCAAGGAGAUUAAGAUCUCCAACGAAGAAACCAAGAGUGGUGAUAUUGCUCGAGUUGUGGCCUGUAUUAUGCGGCCGGAUCCUUCUACCGACCUUGGCCUUACUUUUAGAAAGGAUAUCGAGAAUGGUGGUUUGAUCAUUGAGUCGGUUGCCGCGGAUGGUAUCUUUGCUGGCACUGGAUUGGAAGCAAACCAACGACUUACCAAGAUCAAUGGUAAACCUACUCCCAAGAGAAAGUUGGAUUCGGCACUGGAGUCACUACAAAAAGCCAAGGGCCGCAUUACUCUCGAGUCGGCUUCGAUGACCACAGAUCCGAAUUCGACUUCCGAAUGUCAAGUGUUUAGUAUUCAAAAGCCACACCAGAAGUUCCAGCUUGGUUUGGGAUUGUCUUCCAACAAGACAGAUGAAGGGGCAAUGCUCAAGAUUUCAAAGGCUUCGGCGACGCUUGAGCGUGUUCUUGGUUUGAAGCAAGGGCUGCAAUUGGAAAAGAUCAACGGCGUAUCGUGCAAUGCCAAUGAUAUUCAGGCUGUUCAAAAGCAAAUGGACGAAGCCUUCCCAAUUCUCUCACUGCAAUGUAUAGCAUCGAUUGAGAAGGUCAACAUGACACUCAAACGUGUUGAUAGUGACUUGACAGCUGGAUCGUCGGUCCCCACGACUCCGAGCACCGACGCAGAAGAGGAUGCUCGAUACGCCGCAGAAGCAAAGGCCGAGGAGGAAGCCAGAAUCAAGGCUGACGAAGAAUUGAAGCAACGGGCUGAAGAAGAAGCCCGUCUGGCGGCAGAGCUCCGAGCUCGCGAAGAAGAAGAAGAACGCCUCAAGGCUGAGGAGGAGGCCCGUCUCAAGGCAGAACAGGAAGCAAAGGCUAAGGCAGAAGAGGAGGCCCGAAUCGCAGCGGAACAAGCCGAGGCAGCGCGCCGCAAGGCAGAAGAAGAUGCGAGGUUGGCAGCCGAGGCUGAAGCUGAAGCCGAAUCGGCCCGUCUCCAGGCUGAGGAGGAGGUCAAGGCCAAGGCAGAAGAGGAAGUUCGAUUGAAGGCUGAAGCUGAAGCACAAGCCAAAGAAGAGGAGGAAGCCAAACUCAAGGCCGAAGAAGAUGCUCGCAAGGCGGCAGAAGAAUCCGAAGCUGCAAAGCUUAAGGCAGAAGAGCAGGCGCGAAAGAAGGCAGAAGCUGAGGCAGCACGCAUGAAAGCUGAAGAGGAGGCCAAAGCUCAAGCGGAGGCAGAAGCCAAGGCCAAGGCAGAAGCUGAAGCGAAAGCCAAAGCCGAAGAAGAGGCCAGGAAAAAGGCGGAAGAAGAAUUCAGAAAGCGGCAAGAAGAGGAAGCAAGACUCAAGGCCGAAGCAGAAGCCAAGGCUAAGGCAGCUGAGGAGGCAAGAAUCAAGGCAGAAGAAGAUGCCAGACUCAAGGCCGAAGAAGAAUUCCGUCUCAGGGCCGAAGAGGCGGCGCGACGCCGGGAAGCACAAGAGGCUAAGGAGAAGGCACAGGAGGAAGCUCGUCUGAAGGCUUACCAAGAGUCCAGAAUGCGUGCCGAAGAAGAAGCUCUUCUUUGGGAAGAAGCCACCAAGCAAGCCGACGAAGAGGCCAAGAAAGCCAAGGAGGAGGAAGAAAAGCGGAAAGAAGCAAAAGAGAAACGCAUUGCCAAGAGUCGAGAAGCUCAAAAGAAGUUUGGAGAUGCUACUGGUGGAGGUUCUGGCUUUGGAUUCUUUAGUUCUGGUCUCAACGACCCGCUCAUCAAGGUCAGAGAGAAGAAGGAAGAGGAAGACGACGAUCUAAUGCUUCCUCCACCUACAAGUACGAGUGCUGGUGUCGGCGAAAUGGACGAGGUCGACGAUCUCAUCCGUGCUGCAGAGGAACGUCAAGCACGAAUUGAAAAGGAAUUGUUGGAUUUGGUAUGGGAUGAUCUAUAG